CUUGGGCGUGUAUUGUGGGCAAUCUUAUCUCUCCAAAGUCAGUCGUCUCCAGUAUCUCUCAAAUUGCUCUUCCUCUGAUUCUCUCCCUCCCCCAUUUGAAUCUUCUCAUUUUCUUUUUUGUAUUUGGAGAAGAAUAGCAAACAACAAAAAACUGGGUUGAGGCCUCGAGGGUUGGAGGGUGAUUCGAGUCACUUUGAUUUUCUUUCCUUUACCGGAAAGCUUUGGGUACAGGACUUGCACUUUUUCUUUCCCUCUCUGUGACUUUCUUUGAAAAAUUUCCCCUUUUUUUGUUCUGGGUCUUGGUCUCUCCUGUGUUUAAUACUACUACCCACACCAUUCAACAUUCUCUCGGUGACAUUUCCACUCCCACUCCCACUCUUUAUCUCUCCUUUUUUUUUUUUUUUUUUUUUGUGUUACUUUCCUUGAAAUUUCUCGGCCUCCCAUAACUUUUUGAGAGACUAUUUAGUCUCUCUUUGUAGGUAGAUUUUAAUUUUUCUCUCUGUUUCAAGCUUCUCUUUAACGUGUUUUACUCACAGCUUUCUAGCCUUUCUUUAUAUCCUUUCCCUCUUUAUUCUCUCAAACGAAUCUGACCCUUUUUGCCCCCCCUCCAUUCAUAGUCUUUAGCUCCGCAUGCUCAAGCUCUUCUUCUUCAAUGCCUACAAAGUGAUUCUGCAAAUAACCCAUUUAUUCUGUCGAUGAAUCCAAGCAUAAUGCCUCCAAUCAAAUACACUGAACACCGCAGCCAUACCAAGCUAGUUAGACCUUCAAAUCCGAGUCAAGAGACAAAACCCAGAGUCAUUCGAAUAUCAGUCACAGAUGCAUAUGCCACCGAUUCCUCAAGUGACGAGGAAGGUGAGGUUUAUGGGAGACAGAGAGUGAAGAAGUUUGUGAACGAGGUUGUGGUAGAGUCCAGUGCGAGCCAAAACGACAGCGUUUGGAGAAGGUCGUCACGGAGUAACAGGAAAAAGGCGAAAAAGUCUGUUACAGCCGGGAAAGCAGUAAUUAGUCUCCGGCCGGCGACGGCGGAGAAGAAGUUUCGAGGGGUACGACAGCGGCCAUGGGGGAAAUGGGCGGCGGAGAUCAGAGACCCUCUGCGACGUGUACGGCUCUGGUUAGGUACCUAUGACACUGCAGAGGAGGCUGCCAUGGUCUAUGACAACGCGGCUAUUCAGCUGCGUGGACCCGACGCGCUCACAAAUUUCGUCACUCCGCCUUCAAAACCCCAACCGGAAAGCAAACCGGCUUUAUCUUGCGGCUACAACUCCGGCGAAGAGCCUCUGAACAAUAAUAUCUCAUCUCCGACCUCUGUGUUACGGUGCCCAUCUCCUUCUUCAAACGAGGAGGCCGAGACGCAUAGUAUGAUUUCAAGCAAAGAAGGCCCAGAAGCGGUAGGUGAACUCCGCGAAGAGUCGAGUAUGUCGAGAAAUUUCUCGGACUCUUCAUCAUCUGGAGGUACUCUGUUUCCAAAGGAGAUGUUCGAUUUUCAGAGUUCCGUGCCGGACAUUGUCGGAGAAGCAAGCCUGAGAACCGGGUAUUGGAUCGACGAUUUCGGCGACACAUUCCUGAAUUCGUGUAUGGAUUUCGGAUUCGGGUUCUCAAACUGGCACGUGGAGGACCAUUUCCAAGAUAUAGGUGAUUUGUUCGGGUCGGAUCCUCUGGUUGCAAUGUGAAGCUUCAUCAUUCUUGUAUUGCCAUUAUUGCCCUUCUCUUGAGGCAAAAUUUUGUAUUGGCAGGAAGAACGCAUAUAUCGGCUGCCUCUUUUAUUAAAAUUUUGAUUUAUGGUUUAUUAUUUAUUAAGUAAUUAUAAAUAUCAGUAAUGAAAAGAAUCUCUGUCACAGUAACGGUGGUGAUGGAGAUGUCUUCUUGUGUGUAAGCUCUUUCUGGUUAUCAUGAAUUUAUAAAAAGUUAUUUAAUUUAA